UGAAUGACGUCAAUGAUGGAAACCAAGAUGGCGCCGUUUGAGUUGUAGAGAAGGAUCUGUUGAGGAUGCUGAAGGAGGCGACCUUUAAUUUCUGUUUUAUAUACUUUAAUCUGUAAGUAAGAGCUUACUGUGAGAAUGGACGGGUUUAUAAUGGACCAUAUGGACCCGACUCUGUCAGAGCUGGGAGAUGAGUUCACUCUGGGGGACAUCGACGAGAUGCUGCAGUUUGUCAGUAAUAACUCAGAGUUUUCUGAUCUCUUUGAUGAUCCCAUGCAAACUGCACCAGCACCUGUAGUACACGUAACCAACCACAUCACCAUGACGACCACCACUUGUGCUCCUGCUACAGUGGCCACGCCCACCACUCGUGCAGCAGUACAAAGCAUUGCGAUCGGUCAGCAGAGCCGAACCACACCGUUACUCCAACCUCGACCGCAGCCACCAACACACAUCCAGGUCUCAGCCUCUUCAGUCCCUAUACAGACACAGACCAUAGCCAGUUUCCCUGUGCAGACACAGACACAGACUGUGAUGAUCACUCCGUCUGCACCGCAGCAGAGAUUCAUACAAAGCCCCGUCAUCUGCCACCAAAACCACAACACUGCCUUUCAGGUCUUCCAGCCACAGGUCCCCAUGACCAUCCAGCACCAGCGUCUACUGACCCCUGCAGCUCAGACCAUACAGACCAUCUCUGCAGCCCCCACUGCUGUUCACACUGUAUCACCUCAGGUGCAGCAGGUUCCUGUGUUGGUGCACCAGCCACAGAUUCUGAAGACAGACUCAUUGGUUUUAACAACGAUGCAAAAUCCAACUGGAAUUACAUUCACUGCACCCAUACAAACUGCUGUGCAGGUUCCGACUCUGGUGGGUAGUAACAUCCUCACAACUGUCCCAGUCAUGAUGAGUGGUGGGGACAAGCUGCCAAUCAAACAGCUCCCUUCAGGCCCCACUCAGUGCACGAGUGUGACCAGGCCAGGGCCGGAGCAGAGUUCCCCGGUUGCCAUGGGAAUGGGUGGUGUGGUGAAGGAGGGAGAGAGGAGGACAACACACAACAUCAUUGAGAAACGAUAUCGCUCAUCUAUAAACGACAAAAUUCUGGAGCUGCGUGACCUCGUCAUGGGCAACGACACCAAGAUGCAUAAGUCUGGUGUGUUGCGGAAGGCAAUCGACUACAUCAAAUACCUGCAGCAGGUGAAUCAGAAACUGAGGCAGGAAAACCUGACACUGAAGAUGGCCAGCCAGAAACACAAGUCGGUGUGUGUCGUGGACGAGGUGUCUGUUAUGACUCCACCACCAUCUGACUCGGGUUCUGCCUCGCCUCAGUUCAGCAUCGACUCAGAACCCAACAGCCCACUGCUUGAACCGAUGAAGAGUGAGCCUUCAUCCCCCCCGUCUGUGGGCGUAAUGGAUCGUUCCAGAGUGCUGCUGUGUGCACUCACAUUCCUCUGUGUGUCCCUGAACCCUCUGCCUUCACUCAUCGGCUCAGACCAACACAGCGCCUCCUCUUGGACUGGAGGAGAAUCUUUUAUACACUCACGUUCACUCGUGUGGCUGCCUGCACAAACACAGAACUUUGGUGCAUGGCUAUGGUGUGUGUUGCCGUGGGUGAUGGUGUGGGUGUUGAGUGGAGUGGGUGUGGUUUGGGGAUGUGUGAGGAUUCUGUAUCUAUGGGAACCGGUCACGCCCCUUCACUCACCCACAUCAGUAAUGUUUUGGAGACAUAGAAAACAGGCUGACCUGCAUCUGCAGAGGGGUGAUUACAGUGCUGCAGUGAGCAGUUUAGAGACCUGCCUGUCUGUGUUAUCCAGAGCUCUGCCCUCUACCACCUUUGACCUUGCCUGUUCACUCUCCUGGAAUCUGAUUCGCUACUGCUUGCAUAGACCCACCCCACUGGGCUGGCUGGUGCGUCUGAUUGGUGGGAAGCAUGAGGGGGAGGAGUCUCAGAUCAGCUCCAGAGAUGCUGCACUGGUUUAUCAUCAGUUGGGGCAGCUACAGCUCACAGGUAAGCUGUCCGAGCGCAGUGCUAUGUGGGGAGUGUGUGUGUGUCUGAACGCAGUCAAUCUGAGUGAGAGUGCGAGAGGGAAAAUGGCUCCUACUGAGCAUGCUCAAAUCUACAUCACCACCGCCAUCUCACUGCGCAAAUCUGCACUGGGAAAACAACUAAGCUUCGUGCCUGCAUAUACACUGAGUUGUGCAGAGAGUUUGUUUUCAGACACAAAGCCCCCUGAUUGUCUUCGCUGGCUCUUCACUCCAUUGGCCAGACAGUUUUUCCUGAGCUGUGAUUGGUCAGUGAAGGCUGAGAAUUGUGAAGGAGUGUUUUCAUCUGAAAGAGAACAAGUGGACCCUGUUGCACAGCUACAUCGGCGUUUCUGUGAGAAGCUCCUAGAGAGAGCUGUACACACACUGAUUCAGCCCCACAGCGACACUGAGAGUGUGAAACACAAAGAUGACAGCGGAGAGUUCAGUGGAGUGAUGGAGUUUCUCCAGCUGUUGAACAGCUGUACUGAUGACUCCGCCUCCCCAACUUCACCUUUCCCAGCACUAGCCAAUCAGAGCUCAGCUUCAGUGUCAGACCCUGUGUGUCGCUGGUGGGCAUUGGUCCUGAAGGCUGCUGUUCAUUGGCUGCAGCGUGAUGAUGUAUCUGUGAGGUCACUACUGGCGGAGGCAGAGCGAAUGCCAAGAGCACUGCACUCUCUGGAUCACCCUUUGCCGAAGGCCGUGUUGGUGCUCUGUAAAGCGAUGCAGAUGAGUGUGUGUCCUCAGAAAGGAGAAGGAACACUGGGCUGCCUCACACACUGCAACAGAGCCAGUGCUUACCUGCACAACAGCAUCACACACACACCCACACACACCUGGCUGCACAAGGGGGCGGAGCUUUUGGUCUGUGACCUCCUGCUGACCCUGAGGACCAGCCUCUGGCAACGUGGAGGUGGAGCUAAUGGAGAACCAAGCCCCGCCCCUUCUCCUCAGUUGGCUGGAUUCCAGAGGGACCUAAGCUCUCUGCGUAAACUGGGACAGGGUUACACACAGGUUCAGCACAAGGUGUUUCUACAUGAGACCACAGUGAGGUUAAUGGCAGGUGCGAGUCCCACUCGUACACACCAGUUAUUGGAGCACAGUCUGCGCCGAAGAACACACAGCUAUAAAGAUGGACUGAGUGUUCCAGGUGAACGCGAGCGUGCUCAUGCCAUCAUGCUGGUGUGUCGUCACCUGCCCCUGUCCCUGCACCGCUCACACCUGCUGGCUCACGCUAAACACACACUGCAGAGAGUGGGAGACAUACACACACUGCACGCUAUUGCUGCCUCAUAAACACACACACACACACACACACACACACACACACACACACACAGCUGUAUAUAAACUGUACAUAUUAUUAUAGAGACCUUACAUAAGGGUUAAUUAGAUGGGGUCUGGGGUGAGAGGGGCAGUUUCCUCACAGUGAGUCGGACAGACAGGUGACAGUGUGUUUAUUAUCUUUAUUUUAUAUGUAUGUUUGUAUUCCUCUCUCUCCCCCCUCUCCCUCCCUCCCUCUCUCUCUCCCCCUCCCCCCUGUAUGUAUUGCUAAUUGUACCAUGUCCCCUUUGUGUAUUAAACUGUGAGGUGUAUAUGUGUAACCUA